AUGGCACCACAAAUGGCUCCCACGGCCCCGGAGGGCACUCUGCCGCCGAUCCAGCCCACGGCGCAUUUCGUGCCCGUCCCAGACGACGUGGCCGAAGACCAGGACAAACUUUUUGAGCUGUUUGGCGAGAGAUUUUCUGCUUCGAACUGCAAUAUUUCGCGGCACUAUACCUACAGGGAUGGUUUAAAGCUGAUCAGGGGGCGCAAAGACGACUGCAUCAUUAUUUUCCGAAACAGGCCCGACAAGCCGACGUUCUUCGUCCUGCGCGUCUACAAAUUAGACCCAGUCAUUAAUGGCAAGAAGUACAAGAUCCCCGGUCGCACGGAUGGGGAGUACAACUACAUCGAUCACAUUUAG